CCGCGUUUACACCGGAGUUGGCAACCAAUGAUUGCCGACAUUUAUCGGCAAUUUUGAGUUGCACGCAUUAAAACAACUGCAACUCGCAUUGCCAACCGUAGUUGGAGACCGAUUUUGCGAGUUGGCAAUCGAAAUUUGGUUUUCCGACCGGAGUCGGUAAAGAUCAAAGGCGGUUGCCAACCCCGGUUGGCAAUGCGAGUUGCAGCGCUAACUUCAGUUGCAACUUGAGUCUGCAACUACCCCGCUACCCCUCCCGCCUGUUGGCUCCACGUGGUCGCGCUGCGUCAUUUCCUCAGUUCAAGCAGGCUAGUCGUUGUGACUUGUUGUGUUUUGUUGUUCGGUUCUUGUUUGUGCCAGUGCAAUGGAAAAUCUUUCUAGUGAAGUGGAGUGGACAAAUGAUCAGGUAAUCAAUUUGAUAUAGUUAUUCAGAGAGAAGCCUGUCUUGUGGAACCACACCCUUUCAGAUUUCAAAAACAAAAAUUUUAAAAAUCAUGCUUGGAAUGAAAUUUCCCAGGAAAUAAAAGUGAACAAACUUGAAGUCCAGUCUAAAAUGAGGAAUUUUAUAAAAACAUUCCAACGAAUAAAUAAGAAGGGAAAAAGUGGUUCUGGAGCCUGCUCAAAAUCAAAAUGGUUUGCUUUCGACCACCUCAUGUUCUUACAAGACAAAACAACUCCAACAUUUAGCCGUGACGCUGGAAUAAAUGACACACAAGCACAGGUAACAGAAGACAACAAUGUUGACGUGAACCUACACGAAGAAUUGCCCACUCAGACUUCACGAGCCUCAAGUUCCACUGGUGAAACUUCUUCUUCGAUCGUCUCUGCUCCUCCUACGAGCGUAGCCCAGCAUAGGCCUUCAAAUAAAAGACGACGCAACACCAUGGCUGAAGAAGCUUAUUCCGUAAUGAAGGAAAUGGGGAGCAAUUUGAAAAAAAAGACGAAUUUGACAUUUUCGGUGAUCUUGUUGCUUGUGAAUUACGUAAAUGUUCUGAUAAAAGGUAUGUAGCACUUGCUAAGCGAAGAAUUAGUGACAUAUUAUUUGAUGUGGAAAUGCACGAAUUUAAUAGGCAGCCACAAUCAAAUUCUGGCUGUUCCAGUUCACUGUCCCUACAGGAGUCGUCUUCAUGCCCGGCUGGAAAUCAGGAAGAUAACUUUGAAAACUCCCCAUCAACCUUGAACCCAGUGGUGGACACGUGGGG